AUGAGUGAACUAAACUCAAAUUUGAGUCGUUCUCAUUCGCCGUGUGCACUUCCCCGCAAGCUGCAAGAAAAAUGGAAAAAUUUUCAUGCUACUCUCCAUUUACUGAGUGAAGUUCGUGUUCCACGAUUCGUCUCGCUGCCUAACGCUAUUAGCAUUCAGCUUCACUUCUUCGCCGACGCCUCCAAGGGAGCGUAUGGGACCUGCUGUUACGUGCGGGCCGAAACUAGUGACGGUGUUUCAAUUCAACUUCUGACGGCCAAAUCCAAGGUUGCGCCGUUAUCCAGUCGGCAUUCGAUAGCCCGGCUAGAACUCUGCGCUGCACGAUUAUCGACGCAGCUCUACAAGAAGGUGAAUGCUGCCCUGAAGAUAUCUGCCACUGCUUUCUUCUGGACGGAUUCCACCACCGUUCUUCAAUGGCUACAAUCAUCGCCUAGCCGUUGGAAGGCAUUCGUAGCGAAUCGAGUAGCGCAAAUCCAGCACGCAAGCGACGUGAACUGCUGGAAACACAUUGCUGGCAUCGAGAACCCUGCUGAUGAUAUCUCGCGAGGACUGAAUCCAGUGGACCUUCUGCAAUGCAAGCGCUGGUGGAACGGUCCUGAGUGGCUGUCACGUGCUCCGGAAGCCUGGCCGAAACCAAUUCCAUCCGAAGAAGAAACGGGAGCGACUGAUGAAGAAGUUCGUAAGGCAACACUCGUUGCGAUGACCGUUGUUCAGGUGGACUUCUGCGACGAUUUGUUUGCUCGUUACUCUGGUUUCUCCAAGCUUCGUCGUGUUACAGCUGUCUGCUUACGCUACGUUCGUUCUUUACGAGAACGUGCAUCGCUGCGCCGUUCAGAUCCGGACAAGUACACCAGCAUCGGCAUUCAAGACAAGCCAAUUCCUCCACUCACCACCAUGGAACUUCAACGUGCAGAACUACGCCUAUGUCGUCUAACACAACAGCAGACAUUUUCAGAAGAGAUUUCCGAUCUUGUCAGUGGUGAAAGAGUCGUUAAGUCAUCCAAGCUGAAGUGGCUGAGACCAUUCAUCGAUCAAGACGGUAUCCUUCGUGUUGGUGGCCGGCUGCGAAACGCUGAACUCUCCGACUUUGUCAAGCAUCCGAUCGUGCUCGCUGCCAAACAUCCACUGUCGACUCUGCUGGCUAGUUAUUUUCACUUGAAGCUUCUGCACGCAGGCCCGCAACUCUUGCUAGCCACUCUCCGCCAGAAGUAUUGGAUUCUGGGCGGCAGAAAUCUUGUAAAAUUCGUCUUUCACCAUUGCCACACUUGCUUUCGUAGCAAGCCCACACUAGUCCAGCAGAGCACAGCAGAUCUACCGGCAUCCCGAGUCUCACCAACUCGACCCUUUUCCGUCUGCGGCGUUGAUUACUGUGGACCGUUCUUACUGAAGUCACCCGUCCGCAAUCGCAGCCCAACGAAGGCAUACGUAGCGAUCUUCGUCUGCUUCGCUACAAGGGCUGUGCACAUCGAGCUAGUGAGUGACCUUACUACAGCGGCAUUCCUAGCAGCUCUUCGUCGAUUAGUCGCCCGCAGAGGAAAGGUUGCUGAACUGCAUUCAGACAACGCCACUACGUUCAAAGGAGCCUCGCACGCACUGUACCGUGUCUACCAGAUGCUGAAGGUGAACGAUUCCGACCGUGAGAAAGUCCUGAACUGGUGUUCCGAGAACGAGAUCCGUUGGAAAUUUAUUCCACCUCGAGCGCCUCACUUUGGAGGCUUGUGGGAGGCUGCCGUGAAGUCUGCGAAGAAGCACCUGUUGAAGACCAUCGGGAACAUCAGCAUCGGCUACGAAGACAUGUUGACUCUCCUAGCCCAAGUCGAGAUGUGCCUCAACUCCCGUCCGCUAACAUCAAUGCCGAGUGAGCCAUCCGAUAUGGAGGUUCUUACUCCAGGACACUUUCUCGUCGGAAGUAAUUUGCAUGCUGUUCCGGAAGCCGACCUGCGUGGGGUUCCUGACAAUCGCCUAAAUUCGUACGAGCUGACCCAAAAACAUCUCCAGAACAUCUGGUCUCGCUGGUAUCCCGAAUACCUGCAACAAUUGCAGUCACGUGCUAUCAAAGGCUGCAAUCCACCUGUCACUGUGGAAGUCGACAGAAUCGUUAUCGUCAAGGAGGACAACGUUCUUCCAGCCAGCUGGCCGCUCGGUAGAAUUACCAAGCUCCAUCCAGGCAAGGAUGGUGUCGUCCGAGUCGUCACAUUACGAACAGCACCUGGCAAGGACAUCGUCCGUCCAGUAGCAAGGAUCGCUCUGCUACCGUCACCGAAUCCAGCCCUCUAA